AUGUACAAGGAUGGAGAUUUUAUACUUGGAGGCCUGUUUCAUGUUCACUUUUUCACAGUGUUCCCAGAUCUAAGCUUCAGAAUGGAACCAGAACGACCAUACUGUGAAAAAUUUAAUAUGGAAGGUUUCCAGCAUGCACAGACCAUGGCUUUUGCAAUAGACGAGAUUAAUAAGAAUCCCAGCCUACUGCCUAACAUCACUCUUGGAUACCAUCUUUAUGACAACUGUGUGAUGCUAGCAAUGGCAUUCCGGGCUGCCAUGUUCCUAAGUAGUGGAACAGAGGAGUCCUUCCAUGAUCUCAACUGUACUGGCCCUCCUCCGGUGGUUGGAAUCGUGGGGGAUGCAAGUUCAACUCCUUCCAUUGCGAUUUCCAGUGUUCUCGGGCUGUUCCGAGUACCUAUAGUCAGUCACUAUGCCACCUGCUCCUGUCUGAGUGACAGGAAAAAGUACCCCUCUUUCUUCAGAACGAUCCCCAGUGAUGCCUUCCAGGUGCGAGCUAUGGUUCAGAUCUUAAGGCAUUUUGAAUGGACCUGGGUUGGUCUCCUCUACAGUGAUGACGACUACGGCAUCUAUGCUGCUCAGUUGUUCCAGCAAGAAAUGCAGCUGUUUGGACAUUGUGUUGCCUUUUCUGAACUCCUACCCAAUGAUCACAACCCUAGAGAUAUUCAGCGUAUAACAGGAUUGAUUCAGGCCUCUACAGCGAGAGUGAUGGUUGUUUUUGCCCUUUCAUCCUAUCUGCUGCCUUUGAUGGAUGAGGUGGUGUUGCAGAACAUAACAGGCAGGCAGUGGAUUGCAAGUGAAGCUUGGGCCACUUCUCUUGAAUACCACACUCCACGUUUCCUGUCAUUCCUGGGGGGCACACUGGGCAUUGCUAUUAGGCGUGGAGAAAUUCAGGGGCUUCAUGACUUCUUGCUACAUCUUUAUCCCAGCAAUGAUCCACGAAAUAACAUGUUGAGAAUCUUCUGGGAGAACAUGUUUGGGUGCAGUUUUGAAACUGGGGAUAGAAAGUCAGAUGGAGAGCAUUUGAAAAAGGUGUGUACAGGAAAGGAGGAUCUGAACAAGACACACACAACAUACACUGAUGUUUCUGGGUUGAGGGCAUCUUACAAUGUCUAUAAGGCAGUUUAUGCCCUGGCACAUGCACUUCAUGACCUGAUGCAAUGUGAGGAGGGACGAGGACCAUUUAGUGGGAACAAAUGUGCGGACGUAAUUAACCUGAAACCUUGGCAGUUGAUUCACUACCUACAGAAAGUCAACUUCACCACAGGCUUUGGGGAUAAUGUGUCAUUUGAUAAGAAUGGAGAUGCUCUGGCCAUCUAUGAUGUGCUGAACUGGCAGCCAAGCUCUGAUGGGUCAAUAGCAGUCCACAAUGUAGGUGUUGUAAAUGAAGGAGUGGCAACAGGGAUGGUCCUCACACUGAAUGAGGAUGCAAUAUACUGGAACUUUGAGACAAAAAAGUCAGUAUGCAGUGAGAGCUGCCCCCCAGGCACCAGACGAGCCAGAAGGAAGGGCCUUCCUGUCUGCUGUUUUGACUGCCUGCCAUGCAGAGAUGGAGAAAUUUCUAAUACUACAGAUGCUAUUGAGUGCACAGUGUGUCCAGAAGACUUCUGGUCAAGUACAGAUAAGGACCAAUGUGUCCCCAAAGAAGUAGAAUUUUUAUCCUAUGAGGAACCUCUCGGAAUCUCACUGACAAGUGCCUCCCUGCUUGGCGCCUGCUUCUGUGCCCUUGUGAUGGUCAUUUUUGCUUUUCAUCGUAACACCCCCAUAGUACGGGCCAACAAUUCAGAGCUCAGCUUCCUGCUGUUGUUGUCACUCAAACUGUGUUUCCUGUGUGUGCUGCUGUUCAUUGGACGGCCAGAAUUGUGGACAUGUCAGUUAAGACAUGUUGUAUUUGGCAUAAGCUUUGUCCUGUGUGUCUCCAGCAUCCUGGUCAAGACUAUGGUGGUUAUAGCCGUGUUCAAGUCAUCUCGGCCAGAGGGCAAAGGCGCUAUGAAAUGGUUUGGAGCAGCUCAACAAAGAUGCACAGUUUUGGUUCUAACAGCCCUCCAGGUUGUGAUAUGUGCAGUCUGGUUAUCAACUGCCUCUCCAACACCCCAUAAAAACAACCAGUAUACUCGCUCUAAAAUAGUUUAUGAAUGUGCUAUAGGCUCAGUGGCUGGUUUUUCUAUGCUGCUGGGAUACAUUGGACUAUUGGCUGCAAUAAGCUUUUUGUUAGCCUUCCUGGCAAGAAAUCUACCAGAUAAUUUUAAUGAAGCAAAGUUUAUCACUUUUAGUAUGUUGAUCUUCUGUGCUGUGUGGAUUGCAUUUGUUCCAGCAUAUGUGAGCUCACCAGGAAAAUAUGCAGUGGCUGUGGAGAUAUUUGCCAUUUUAGCUUCUAGUUUUGGAUUACUGGUGGCCAUAUUUGCCCCUAAGUGCUACAUCAUCCUUUUACAUCCAGAGAGAAACACUAAAAAUGCAAUAAUGGGAAGAGAGACACAAAAGAAAUAGU